AUGGCGACGAGCUUGCCGUUUCUCAAUGCGACAGGGAUCUCGUUGCCGUCGUCGGGAUCAAUUCGCCGGCGAUCGUACAUUGUUUCACGCCAGGAUCUUCCUGAGUACUCUGCUAAAGCAGUCUCCUCGCCGCGGCUUAGCGUCUCUCCUUCUUCAUCGUCGCAAUCUCGUAACGGAAGCGACAGGUUUCUCUCUCCCGGUUCGUUACCGGACUUACCCUCUCCGAUCCGGUCGGUGACUGUGAGAUCGCAACUGAAUACGCCUCUCAUUUCUGCCAACGAUGAUUGGGGAACUUGGACUGCGCUCUUCGCCACCGGCGCUUUCGGUCUCUGGUCGGAGAAGACGAAGAUUGGAAGUGCGGUGAGUGGUGCGUUGGUGAGCACUCUGAUUGGGCUUGCAGCUAGUAAUCUCGGGAUCAUUUCUUCAGAAGCUCCUGCUUUUGCUAUAGUGUUGAACUUCCUGCUCCCUUUAGCUGUUCCUCUCUUGUUGUUCAGAGCUGAUUUACGCCGUGUUGUUCAGUCUACCGGAAAGCUUCUCUUGGCUUUUGUGAUUGGCUCAGUUGCGACCACAAUUGGUACUGCUCUGGCCUACUAUCUAGUGCCAAUGAGAGCACUUGGUCCUGAUAGUUGGAAGAUAGCGGCUGCUCUCAUGGGGAGGCAUAUCGGUGGAGCCGUCAACUACGUUGCCAUAGCAAAUGCUCUUGGAGUCUCACCAUCAGUUUUAGCUGCUGGACUUGCUGCUGAUAAUGUUAUUUGCGCUGUAUACUUCACGUCAUUGUUUGCUAUAGGCUCCAAAAUACCUGCUGAGACUUUACCCCCACCAACUACUGAUGCAGAGACAACUAAAGAUUCUGAAACCAAAAACAAAAUCCCUGUGCUGCUGAUAGCUACUGGAAUUGCUGUGUCGUUAGCUAUAUGCAAGGCAGGGGCUUUGCUAACGAAGCAGUUUGGGAUUUCUGGUGGUAGCUUACCGGCUAUAACCGCGGUGGUUGUUGUUUUAGCCACCGUCUUUCCGUCCCAGUUUGGUCGUCUUGCUCCAUCUGGAGAAGCCAUGGCUCUAAUUCUUAUGCAGGUGUUCUUCACUGUGAUAGGUGCGAGCGGAAACAUAUGGAGUGUGAUAAAUACGGCGCCGAGCAUAUUCUUGUUUGCGUUGGUACAAAUUGGGACACAUCUUGCUGUGAUAUUAGGCGUAGGGAAGCUGCUCAACAUCGAGCUAAGGCUGCUGCUUUUGGCAUCGAAUGCUAAUGUCGGAGGACCUACGACUGCUGCCGGAAUGGCGACGGCGAAAGGAUGGAACUCGUUGAUUGUUCCCGGGAUUCUGGCCGGAAUUUUCGGGAUUGCCAUUGCAACUUUCUUAGGGAUUGCAUUUGGAGUGAAAGUCCUCAAGUUCAUGUGA